AUGCAAGGACGACCCAACUUUGCAUGGCUGCAAGCGACCGUACCCAAACUGGACGGGCUGUGGGAGGGGGCCAAGCUGGACGUGGUGGACAGGAAUAAUAUUCCGUCCAUGCCGAAGGCGAAAGUCCUUUUCCCAAUAGUUGUCCAGGGAGAGCGGGCGCUUCAGCUGCUUAAAAAGCAGAACCCGGCCAUACCGACGAGUGAUUGGUCCGUGCUGAAGGUUAAUGAACCUUUACCCAGUGGUGGGCAGCACGUGAUCAUUCAGAUCAACAAGGAGGCCGAGGAUCUGCUAUAUAAACGCAAUGGGAAGAUGGCGUGGGGCUUAGGGAGCGUGUACCUUCGCCUCAAGAAACGUCAUCCGAACGACAAUGACACACACACGCUGAGGUCUGGGGAGGUUGAGGCAGAUCUCGGUCUCGAGAGCGUGACCGACGCCACCCAGCACCUCAGCCUGACUGACAAGACGGAGGAGGUGGGGGAGGAACUGUCCAUGGAGACGGGCCCCCCCGCGAGUUUGCUAACCUCUAAUGAGUGUGCUGCAACUCAACCUCCAUAAAUCCAAAACGGCUUCGGCGGAGCUACUCCUUGCCCUGGAGGAAGUGUCCGCCUACGCGGCUUUGGUCCAAGAACCGUGGAUAGCGUCGGGCAACACGGUGGCUGGACUGAAGUCGCCCAACUAUGAUUUAUACGUCCCGACAUUGCAACGACGAUCUAACCGUGGUGGUGCUGGAGAGCCGUGAAGGAUGUUUGCUGCUGGCAUCCUGUUAUAUGGCCCACGACAAGCCGGCUCCACCUGACGAGCUGCGGAGGCUGGUGGACAUGGUCUG